CUCUGUCCAGCCCCGCCCCGUCUCGGUGGUUUCUCGGGGCCGCUCUGUCCAGCCCCGCCCCGUCUCGGUGGCCCCUCGGCGGCGAUGGCUGCUCUGUCGGUGCUCGGGGCUCCCCCGGUCCCCAAAAUCUUCGCCACGUUGGAGGAGGGGCCGAUCCCCGGCGGUAUCAACCCGGGAGAGGCAUGGCUGGAGUCCCACAGCCGCAGCCUCGGACACUUUGUGGACGGAACGUGGCUGAAGCCACCAGGAAGGACAAGCCUGGAAUGCCAGGAGGCCACCACCGGCCGGACGGUGGCAGUGGUGCCGGCAGGGGACAGCUCAGACCUGGCCGUGGCUGUGGCGGCGGCGGCAGCAGCGGCCAAGGCCUGGGCGGGGCUGGCGGCGCCGCAGCGGGGGCAGUGCCUGACCCGGCUGGCUGCCACAUUGGAAGGUGACCGGAGGGCGACAAUGGGGGCCCUGCUGGCCCUGGCUGGGGGGCGGCCGCUCUGCCGGACCCUCGGAGCUGACCUGGACUUGGGGCUGCGGCUGCUCCAGGUGCCUGCGGCGGGGGCCCAGCUUGGCCUCCCUGGCCUGGAGGGCUGGACCCCCAUGGGGGUGGUGGCCGUGGUCCUGGGGGGUCCCUGCUCGCUGCCAGCAUUGCUCUGGAAAUUGGGGCCGCUCCUGGCCAUGGGGAACACGGCUCUGGUGUUGUCCCCUGCGGCCGCAGCUCUGCCACUGCUGCUGCUGGGGGAGCUCAGCGGGGAGGGAGGGGUGCUGCCUCCCGGCGUCAUCAACGUCCUGGCAGGACCCCCAGAGCUGUGCCAGGCCCUGCGUGCCCACUCCGAAGUCACCUCUGUCACCUUCCUUGGAGCCCCCCAGGAGGAGCUGCAGGCCCUGGUUUGGGGGUCCCCGUGCCGGGGGCCACGCCUGGGGGUUCCGUGCGGGGGCCGCAUCGUUGUCAUCGUCCUUGACUCGGCCGACCUGGACAGUGCGGCCGCCGCCAUCGCUGCCACUGCUGCCACCCCCCCGGUGCUGUUCCCGUGGGGGGGGUGCGUGGUGCUGGCUCAGGAUGCGGUGGGAGCAGCGCUGGAGCGGCGGCUCCGGGCCCGGCUCGGGGGGCUGCGGCUUGGGGACCCUAUGGACCCGAAAACGGAGGUGGGGCCGCUGCCCCCUGGGACCUGCCUGCCUGAGGGGGUGGUGCAGGAGGCGCAGGAGGAGGGGGCUCAGGUUUUCCAGGCUGCACUGCCACCACUGCCGGCGGGGGGCCAUCGUUUCUACCCCCCGACGCUGAUCUCAGGGGUGGCCCCCACCUUGUGCUGCCUGCGGGAGCCGGCCCCAGGGCCACUGCUGGUGCUGCUGCCCGUGCGUGGCCCCACUGAGGCCGUGGCCGUGGCCUCAGCACUGCCCCAAACCGCAGCUGCUGCCGUCUGGGCCCAGGACAUCACCGUGGCCUUGGACACGGCGGACAGGCUGCCCCAGGGGCUAGUGUGGCUCAACGCCCUGGACCUGCUGGACCCCAGCGGGGGCUGCGCUGGGGGGGCCACAGACACUGACCUGGAUGAGGCGCUGCGAGAGUUCGGGUGCCCCCCCUGGGAACAACCCCCCAAGGUGGAUGAGCGGCUCAGCCCAUUGGUGACCACGGAUGACCCCGGCUAUCCUGAGCUGGCUCAGGCCGUGGCAGCCGCCCGAGGGGCUGCCCCAGGGUGGGGGCGGCUGCCGGGGGUGUCGCGGGCCCGGGUGUUGCGGGGGGCGUCGGCAGCGCUGGGGGCGGGACACGGGAGCCCCGAGGACGGCGACACCGGCGAUACCGACGGGAGCUCGCAGAGGGCGCUGCUGCGCUGGGCGGCGCGCGCGGAGCGCGGAGGCGGGGCCGUGCAGGACGUGCCCGGGGGGCGGGCCCUGCUGACGCGACGGCCGCUCGGCGUGUUGGGCGUGGUCUGGGGGUGGCCCCGCCCCCUGGAGCUGCAGCUCCUCCUCCCGGCGCUCGCGCUCGGAAACUGUGUCGUGGUGGUAGCGCCCCCCGGCGGCGUCGGUCCCGCGCAACGGCUACGGAAGGCUCUGCUGGGCGCGGGGCUCCCGGGGGGUGCCCUAACGGUGCUUCCCGGGAAUUCCCGGCGGUCCGGAUCCCACCUGGCGCGACAGCACCCGGACGGGCUCUGGCUCUGCGGGGGCGACGCGGAUUGCGACUGGGCCUCUGUCGUGAGUGUCCCACGCGUUUGGGGGGUCCCGGCGGGACUCCUGGGGGCUCCGGGGCAGGGCCCCCCCCCCGGAGCCGAGCGGGAGCUGGAGCUGCGCUGCACUCGUCCCCACUGCCUUUGGCUGCCGGGGGGCGGUCCCUGAGACACCCCCCAGAACCCCCCAAACCUACGGAGGUUUCA